CCUCCGUGUGUGUUGAUGCUGGUCAGCUGCUGGCAGCCUGUGGAGAGAAACGCCAACCAGCAGCAGCAGCAGCAGCUGAUGAGGAUGAUGGAAGAAGAAACAGGAACCGAGCCGAUGUGAAGGAUGCUGCUGCUGCUGUGAGGCGAACCGGACCGAGUUUCCACACCCUCCGCUUUUUUAAUUUUUUUUUUUAAAUCCGCGUCAGCGUCAGCUACACUUGCCGUGGAUGGUUUUCUCGAUGGGUUGUGGAGGGAGUCGGGCGGACGCGAUAAUCGAGCCGAGGUACCAUGAGAGCUGGACCAGAGAAACAGAGUCGACAUGGCUCACGAACACGGACGUUGAACCCCCCGUUUCGGUCCCGAGCAGUAAAGCUGUGGAGGCCGGUCUGAAGGAGAAAAGGAUGGUGACAACAGGAACCCAAUGUGGGAAGCAGGCCAUCACCACCAAUGGCUCCAACCACCAGAGAAGACCGAGGCGCUCCUUGACUGAUGGACAGUGCUGUGAAAAACAAAGUACCCGCGACUCCAAAAGAGGAGCAUCGAAGGAGGCCAGCGCUUUGUCAAAGGACGGCCAGUCUGUCAGUGUCAACAGCCCUGGAACUCCUGAACCAGAGACCGCCUGCGACGAGAGAUGAGAGGAGAGCUGCAACACUGUGAGGAGGCAAAUUGGCUAGGCUGCAAGAAUAUUUAAUCACACAGCAGGGCAAGGACUUGCAGACGUGUCCGGAUGUUCUUUGCUUGUGACUUUGUGCUGCUCUGGCUCCUGAAGGCAGCGAUUCACCAAACAGGGCGCCUGCUUACGUCUCCACCCAAAGACCUCGAGAUGCUGCAUUGCUGUUGCAUGUGUGAGGAAGACAGUGGGAACCAAACACCAUGCUUUUUCCUCCAUGCUCAUAGUACCAGUCAGGGAAAGUGUCACUGUGUUAAGACAGUUCGAAGAAGAGAAAAAACAACAUUUGAAAAGGAAAGAUUGCCCCAUAUGCACAGUACGAUCUCAAUCUGCACAUCAGAUGUGCUCUGUGUCGGGGCUUCCUUAAGAAUUCGCUUUUGUUCUUUGUGCAAAUAUUUUGUUGUUGGAUUGUGCUAUUUCAGCCCAGUCAGUGCAGUGAGUAAUUUUAAUAAAAAAAACCCAACAACCUUUAAGUGCUGUUUAAGUGCUGAGAUUGGGGUGUCUGAAGCUUGAAUGCUAAAGACGUUCUUCUUCAGCCUUUGCAAGAUAAACAAAACAAAACAAAAACAAAAAACUACACCUGCAUGUGCCUACAAUUCCUCUUAAUUUGAACGGAACUAUUUUAUUUUUAUUUUUUUAUUUGUUCUGUAUACUGUGCUGUAUGGUUCUGUUUUAGUCUCUAUUUUGUGUUUAGUGGAAAAUGGUAUUAUUUACAACAAUACAAUGUAUAACAUUGUUGGGGCUCACACUGAUCUGCAUGUGGACAUCUGUAAUAUACUGGUAAGCCAUUGGACUUCAAAGUAUUUUAGAUAAUAAGAACUCAUGAAAUAAACUCAGGAGGUCGGAGAAGAUGCGGCAGUGCAGUAACCAAACUACUGACCAGCAGAUGGCGAUGUUGAACACCUGAUGCUGGAGAAGGCUGACAAGAUUCAGGUGGAAGCUGUGAUGCUCAGCUGGGUUUGAAUGUAAAUAAAAGACAAUCUGUUGGUUAUGACUUCAGCCGGACUUGACAAGGUAUGCCUGGUUUUUCUCAAGAAUUUUAAUUAUCAACUCAGUCACACGGCACUUAUGUUUCAAAACAAAGUUGUGAAACAACAAGAAAACAGUGUCACAUCUGAAGUUCAUUGGUCACAAAAAUAAAAUGUAUAUGUCAGAAAAAAAAACAUAAGAACAAUUUUACAUCGCGAUGCUACCACCUGAAUGGAGCAUCAGAGAAAAAAAAAUAAAGGCAACUAUUUUGUUUCAGUAUCACUGGGCAACCACACACUGGUGUUCUUGAAAAUAUACAACUAACCAAGAUUAGAGUGAAAAUAUAGCUUGCAUUCUUUAUUUGAAGCUUUGGUGACGUGCUAAAGAAAGUCACCUCGCAAAUCUACCUAAAAGUAUAAAGUUGAUGAAUGGAUUGAUUGAUUAGUGAUGUGUUUAGUCGUUGAGGCCCAAAGGUCCCACAUUAAGUUAACCUUCCUUCAUCUCCCUUCAAAUUAAACUGAGAUGAAUAAAUACAUUUGUGAUUAUCUGUAUCAUUUUUGGAGAUGAUAAAUAAAUAAAUAAAUGAACAAGUA